AUGCUCGCUCUCAGUCUAUCGGGAGCGGCGGCGGCAGCAGCCAGUUGCGACGCGUCGACUCUGUCGGGUUACCAGCAUAUGCAAGACCUUACGGGGCAAGGGUUCAUUCUCCACUGGUCGCUCGCGACUCCCACCCGAUUGGACAUCGCGGUCGAGGCGAAGCCCGGGAGCGGCGCGGAGAACGGGUGGAUCUCCGUGGGGUGGUCCGCGGACGGGAAAAUGGCUCCCGCGGACGCCGUCAUUGGUAACCUGCCGGGCGUCGCGGUCGGCGCGUAUGACAUCAGCGGAUAUGACGGGACGACCAUUGUCUCUUCGACGAGCUUUAAGAUCUCCGGAGGGCUGCUCAGCAGCGCGAACGGCCGCAGCACCAUCAUCAAGUUCUCGCGCGCCCAGGGCGACGGAGGCGUUUCCCCGCUCGUCCUCACUGGCAGCGCCACCAACACCAUCAUCUGGGGCUACUCCGGUUCUGGCAGCAAGGCUCUGGACUACCAUGGCACCUUCCGAGGCUCGGCUAAGAUCAGCUUCAACUGCGGCGGCACCCCCACCACCCCCACCACCCCCACCACCCCUGUCCCUACUCCUAGUCCUGCUCCCGGUAGCACUGGUGCUGGCAGCACUGGUGGCAGCACCAGCAAUGGCACUAGCAACGGCACUAGAAGUGGGAGUGGGAGUGGGAGUGGCAGCAGCAGUGGUGCGGCCAACUUGCCGGCCUGUGAUGCGUCCACGCUGACAGGAUACGCGCACUCCAAGGACCUCACAGGCAAAGGGUUCCUCCUCCACUGGACGCUCACCCCAGCCGGCCUGCUGGACAUGGCACUAGAAGCCAAACCGGCCAGUGGCGCCAACAAGGGGUGGAUCUCUAUGGGGUGGUCAGCGGCCGGCAAGAUGUACCCUGCAGAUACGGUCAUCGGGAAUCUCCCUGAUGGGUCCGUGGGCGCGUAUUACAUGAGCGGUUACGACGCGUCUGCUGUGCUUCCGUCGACCAAUUUCAAGAUCAGCAAGGCGUCGACGGUCGCUGCUAACGGCGGCAGCACCAUUAUCAAGUUCUCUCGCUCCAAGGGUGACGGAGGAAUCUCCCCGCUCGUGCUUACAGGCCCAGCCACCAACACCAUCAUCUGGGGCUUCUCUGCUGCCAGCAGCAAGGCUCUUGACUACCAUGGCACCUUCCGAGGCUCGGCUAAGAUCAGCUUCAACUGCAACAGCAACGGGGGUGCUGGUGCUGGUGCCGGUGCGGGUGCUGGUAACAAUGGCACAAGCACAGGCGGAAGCAGCAGCAGCAGCAGCAGCAGCAGCAACAGCAGCAGCAGCAGCAGCAGCAGCAACAGCAGCAGCAGCACUGGGAGCAGCAGCAGCUCCAGUGGUGGUAGCAGUGCAGCUAGUGCUAGCUCCAGCAGCAGCGGCAACAGCAGCAGCAGCAGCAGCAACGGGAAGGGGAGUGGUUGCACGCCGUCCACCAUUGCUGGGCUUGAGUGCUCCACCAAGCUCAGUGGCGACAACUUCAUUCUCCACUGGAAGGCCAACGCCACCACCAUCAGCUUCGCCUGCGAGGUGGCAACCGCAGGGUGGGUCUCCCUGGGGUGGAGCGCCGACGGCAAGAUGUUUCCCGCUGACGCUGUCGUCGGCACCGGCAGCGGUAACAGCGCCUCCGUUGCGCCGCAUUCCAUUUCCAGCUACACGAGCGUGUCGCCUAGUUCGGGCUUUGCUGUGUCGGCUACGGCAGUGGAGUCGGGAGCCAAUGGGAAGACGGUGGUUAAGUUUACCCGACAGCUGGCGGUGGGGUCGUUCCCGAUCAAUGCGAACGGCGUGACGAAGGUCAUCUGGGCCUACUCGGCUGAUGGCUCGCAGUCCCUCGCCAACCAUAUGACCAACAGGUGA